AUGUUUGUUAAAAAAAAUGUAUAUAAUUAUGAUGAAGCUGCAAAAAAAGAAAGAGAGGUUUUUUUGUCAGCUUCUGAAUCCGACAGAAGUUAUAAAAAAGCCAAGCCUAACAAUUUUUCCUCAAGAAAAAACCUUUUUGGAAGUAAUGACAAUAUUAAUGAUAGCGACAGCAGUGACAAUGAUCAACCACUUAUGGUAAUAAAAAAAAAAAAUGAUGAAGCAAAAAGUUUAAUAUCAAAUGCAAUAACUGGUAUUCAAGAAGAGUCUUGUAAUUAUAGUUUUGAACCAAAUUCAUUGGGAUCCAUGUCUUCUAUUUACCUUAUCCAAUUUAAAUUUUUAUUUUUAGUCUCAAAUUAUGAUAAACAUCCUAAAACUAUAUUGCAAAAAUCAUGUGAAGCAAGAAAUGUAGCAUGUAGCAAUGAAGAAAAUAUGUACAAUAUUGAUCAAAGUUCUGUAAACAUUUCACAGGAACCUACUGUACAAAUGGCUAGCAGCACCUAUAUGUUAUCUGCAAUGAACACAUUAUUAAACAUGAACGAUCAAAAUGUAAAUGUUUAUGAGUCUGCAUCUCCUUUGUGUUCUGAAAACACAACACAUAAUUCACAGUUUUCAACACCUCGCCCAUUACUAUCUGCCUCAGCUAUAGUCAAUAAUAAUUCAAACAAUUUUUCUGUUAGUCGUGAUGCUGUUCAGUCAAAUAUAUUAAAUAUUAUAUAUGAACAAGGCAUUGAAACCAAUGCAUAUUUAAAACGAAUUGAUGGAAGGCUGGAUUGUCUAGAAAAAAUCAUAAAAAAUAUGUCUGGUACCCAAAAUCAUAAUAACCCUGUAGAUAAUGCAUUUUUAACCAUGUUUCCUUUAAAAGAUAUCGAUUCACUUAAAGAUUUUGAUACUCGUAUUACAAAUGAUCCAGAUUUUAAACUCAAUGUGAUAAAUUUUAUUACUAGAAUUGGAGGUACUGACAUCAAGAAUUUCAUUAAACGUGUGUUACAAAGGAUUUUCAGUAACGAGCUAUCAUCGAAAUGCUCGUGGACAGGUUUUCGUAAUAAUUACAGACUUGAAAAUAUUUGGUUUAUGAGCAUCAUGAAAGACUUAUCUAGGGAAAAAUUCAACUCAUCAGACCUUGAUUUUGAGUUGCAUGUUAAAGACUGGUUUCGUCAUGGCUCACAAUGAUUUAUAAGAGAUCAACA